AUGUCGUCUUACGCAAAAACAUCUAUUAAAAAAUCCGAUAAAGUCGCUCAUUUCCAACAAGAUGUAUGGUCUAUUUUCACACCACUUGCUGCUCAACUCAAUGCCAUAAAUUUAGGACAAGGCUUUAUGAAUUUUCCACCAGAAGAAUUUAUUAAAGAAGCUGCCCGAAAUGCUAUUUCAAUAGACGAAUGCCAUCAAUAUAGUCAUCCAAAAGGUAGAUUGCACACACGACAAGCGUUGGCAAAAACUUAUGGACCCUUAUUUAAUCGAACUUUAGAUCCUGAAUCUGAAAUAAUAACUACUGCGGGUGCAAAUGAAGGAUUAUAUUCAAUUUUUGCUGGAUUUAUAAAUGAAGGAAAUGAAGUUAUUUUAAUUGAACCUUUCUUUGAUCAGUACAUUUCAAAUAUUACUAUGAAUGGUGGCGUCCCCGUGUACGUUCCAUUAAAACCAUACGGAGAUGCUAGCAAGAUAAUGUCUUCACGUGAUUGGAAAUUGGAUAUUAAUGAACUUCGAUCUAAAGUCACACCAAAAACGAAACUCAUUGUUUUUAAUACACCACAUAAUCCGGUGGGAAAAGUAUUUUCCAAAGAAGAGAUGGAAGAAAUUGCUCAAGUAGCGAGAGAGUUUAAUUUAUUGUUAGUGAGUGAUGAAGUGUAUGAUCGACUUUAUUAUAAACCAGAUGUACACGAGCGUAUUGCGAAUCUUCCAGGGAUGUGGGAACGAACUAUUACUGUUGGAAGCGGUGGAAAAACUUUUGGUACAACUGGAUGGCGUGUUGGUUGGUUAAUUGGUCAUAAAGAAUUAAUAGCGACCGCACUUGCUGCUCAUACUAGAGUUGUAUUUUGUGUAAAUUCGCCACUUCAGGAAGCUUUGGCUGUAUCAUUAGAAUGUGCAGAAACGAAUGAUUAUUAUGAAAAUAAUAUUGCAAAGUAUGAAGCAAAACGUGAGAAAUUAUGUACAGCUUUAUCAGAUGCUGGACUUCCAUAUACCAUUCCACAGGGUAGUUACUUUAUUCUUGCUAAUUCAGCAAAAAUUCAAGUUCCCGAAGAUUACGAAUUUCCCGAAAUAAUUAAGAAAAGACCCAGAGAUUUUAAAGUAUGUUAUUGGAUGGCCAAAGAAAUUGGAGUAGUAGCAAUUCCACCAAGUGAAUUUUAUUGUGAAGAAAAUAGAUAUCUCGCAAAAGAUUAUGUGAGAUUUGCAUUUUGUAAGACGGAUGAAACUUUGGAUGCGGCCGCAAAAGCUUUAUUAAAAUUAAGAAAUUAUAUUAAACAAUGA